UGAACAAGCUUCGAAUUAUAAAUCACAUCAGAGGAAUUCACUUACGGAUAAAUCUUCCGAGAGUGAUAAUUUAGGUGUGAUCACCUGACCUACUGGUUUACCGAUCGGUAUUCAAGGCCCGCUGAGAGAAUCCCUCCUCUUAGUGGGGCACAAAGCACUUUGAACAUGCGGCUGGGUCCAACAAUCUUCAACUUGACAUUUUCGAACAACUUCUUCAACCAUACCAUCAACUUCGUUUAAUAAAGUUUCUUGUAACAGCGCAAGCUGCACAAAAGGAUAUUAAAGCAUAUUGCUUAUCUAUUGAGAGCAGGAUAGGGUACUAUACCUAAAUCAAGCUGCAAAGAUGGCUGUCACCAUUGAAGAGCUUGACGCGACCGUCAAGACUUUCUAUGAAGGUCGCGGUGAGGCUCAAAAAGCCGCUCAGGCUGCAAUGAACCAGUUCAAGGAGGAUCCAGAUGCGUGGUUAUUAGUUGAUAAGAUAUUACAAGAGUCUACAUAUCCGCAAGCCAAAUAUUUGGGUUUGCAAGUAUUAGAUCAUGUUAUCAUGACAAGGUGGAAGGUUCUGCCCAGAGAGCAGUGCCAAGGUAUUCGGAAUUUCGUCGUUGGUUUCAUCAUACAGUGUUCCGGAUCGGAAGAGUCUCUGAGGUCCCAAAGAGUCCUCUUGAACAAGUUGAAUCUCGUCCUCGUUUCCAUCUUGAAGCAAGAAUGGCCUCACAACUGGCCUACUUUCAUCAACGAGAUCAUAUCCUCCUGCCACACAAGUUUAUCGAUAUGCGAGAAUAAUAUGUCGAUUUUGAGAUUGUUAUCGGAGGAAGUUUUCGAUUACUCGGCGGACCAGAUGACUUCCGCAAAGACGAAGAACUUGAAGACGACGAUGUGUGCAGAGUUUUCCUCCAUCUUCCAACUUUGUAACGAAGUCUUGAACAGCGCCACUCAAGAAAGUUUGAUUAAGGCUACCCUCGAGACUCUUCUUCGAUUCUUCAACUGGAUUCCGCUUGGUUAUAUCUUUGAGACGACCGUUAUCGAUACUCUUAGAGAACGAUUUUUGGAGAUGCCCGAAUUCAGAAAUGUCACAUUAAAGUGCUUGACAGAGAUUGGAGGACUCCAAACUGGUACUGGGAACAACUACGACGAGAAAUUGGUUCAAAUGUUCACCGAAGUUUUGACCACAAUUUCCAAGAUUAUUCCUUUGACUCUCGACCUCAAGAGUACUUACAAUUCGAGUAACUCCAAGGACCAAGAGUUUAUCCAGAAUUUGGCCCUUUUCUUGUGUAACUUUUUCUCUUCCCAUCUUACUCUCAUUGAGAACCUACCGAACCGUGAUUUCCUCACACACGGCCACUUCUACCUUAUUCGAAUUUCUCAAAUCGAGGACCGAGAGAUCUUCAAGAUUUGCUUAGAAUACUGGACUAGACUGGUCCAGGAAUUGUACGAUGAACAACAGUCGCUACCCAUUGGAGACGUCAACCCUCUCGUCGGAAUGGGCGUCGGCGGCAUUUCGAGUCCCGGUGCUCCCAACCCAAGUCUGCUCGCCAACUAUCCUCUCAGAAAGCACAAGUACAACGAAGUACUUUCGAACUUGCGAGUGGUCAUGAUUGAAAAGAUGGUCAGACCAGAGGAAGUUUUGAUUGUUGAGAACGAUGAGGGAGAGAUUGUUCGUGAAUUCGUCAAGGAGAGCGACACCAUUCAGUUGUACAAGACAACCAGAGAGUGCUUGGUUUAUCUUACCCAUUUGGAUGUAGUCGACACCGAGAACAUCAUGACUGAGAAGCUAUCUCGACAAGUCGAUGGUACCGAAUGGUCAUGGGCCAAUUGUAACACAUUGUGCUGGGCUAUCGGUUCCAUCUCCCUUGCAAUGAACGAAGAGACUGAGAAACGUUUCUUGGUCACUGUCAUCAAGGAUUUGCUCGGGUUGACUGAGAUGAAACGAGGAAAGGACAACAAAGCCGUGGUUGCUAGUAACAUUAUGUAUAUUGUUGGUCAAUAUCCACGUUUCUUGAAGGCUCACUGGAAGUUCCUGAAGACCGUCGUCAACAAAUUAUUCGAGUUCAUGCACGAGUCCCACGAGGGUGUUCAAGACAUGGCGUGUGAUACUUUCAUCAAGAUUGCCAGACAGUGCAAACGUCAUUUUGUUGCUUUACAACCUGGCGAGUCUGAGCCAUUUAUCGAGGAAAUCGUCAGAACUAUGCGUAAGAUUACUUGUGAUCUAUCCCCACAGCAAGUACACACUUUCUACGAGGCAUGUGGUUACAUGAUUGCAGCUCAACCACAGAAGAAUUCACAAGAAAGACUCAUUGCUGAGUUGAUGUCAUAUCCAAACGCUGCUUGGGAUGCCAUCAUUGCCCAAGCAAACACUAACCCCCAAAUUCUUCAAGACGCAGACACCAUCAAGGUCAUUGGCAAUGUCAUGAAGACUAACGUGUCUGCUUGUUCCUCCAUCGGAAGCUACUUCUAUCCUCAAAUUGGACGCAUUUACCUGGAUAUGUUGUCCAUGUACAAGGCUACUAGCACAAUGAUUUCUGAAGCCGUUGCAAGUGAGGGUGAAAUUGCCACCAAGAUGCCCAGAGUUCGAGGUCUAAGAACUAUCAAGAAGGAGAUUCUCAAGCUCAUUGAAACGUUCGUUGAGAAAUCCGAUGAUCUUGAGAUGGUUCGAACCAACAUUGUUCCAAACCUUCUUGAAGCGGUCCUGAUUGAUUACAACCGUAAUGUUCCAGGUGCACGUGAUGCCGAAGUUCUCAAGGUCAUGUCUGUUAUCAUAACCAAACUUUCUGGCCUCAUGGAAGAUCAAGUGCCAAACAUUAUGUCAAAUGUGUUCGAAUGCACUCUGGAAAUGAUCAACAAGGAUUUCUCGGAAUUCCCAGAACAUCGUGUAGAAUUUUUCAGCCUUCUCCGAGCAAUCAACCUUCACUGCUUCCCAGCUCUCCUCAAACUCGAUAACAGACAAUUCAAGUUUGUCAUCGAUUCUUGCAUGUGGGCUAGUAAGCACGACAAUAGAGAGGUUGAACAUGCCGGUCUCAACAUGUGUUUGGAGUUGAUCACCAACAUUGCAGAAACGGACCCUGCCACGUCUAGUGCUUUCUUCCAGCAAUUCUUCGUCCCAAUCCUCCAGGAUGUAUUCUUUGUACUCACCGAUACCGAUCACAAAGCUGGAUUCAAGUCACAAGCAACUUUGUUGGCAAGAAUGUUUUACUUUGUUCACCCAGCUGACGGUACCGCGCCAAAGAUUCAAAUGCCUAUCUAUGUCCAGGACCAAGCGCCACCAAACACAAGCAACAAGGAUUUCCUUACAAACUUCGUGGCUAGUUUGUUGCAGAAUGCCUUCCCUAACCUUCAAGCACCUCAAAUCCAAGCCUUCGUUGAGGGUCUCUUCACUCUGAAUCAUUCUGCAGAUCGAUUCAGACUUAACUUACGGGAUUUCUUAAUCUCGUUGAAGGAGUUUGCUGGGGACAACACCGAGCUAUACGCUGAGGAGAAAGAGACAGCCGAAAGAGAUGCCAAGGCCGCAGAACGCGAACGUCUGUCCAAGGUCGGAGGACUCAUUAAGCCUGCGGAACUCGACGAUGAAGAUGAGUUGUGACUUGACGAGGAGCUACGGAUCGACUUUGCACGACCCGAAAACCCACCCUCAGAUCAAAAACGCCGAAUCAACUACAAUGCCAAUAAACUUGAUGGUUGGGAUGUUUAUGAUCUCUAAACAACUUCCAUAUACAUCUAGCAGGACAAACUGGUGUCCGAUCUGGAUAAUGAUUUUUCCCUUUUACUUUUUCGCCCAAUGAUAUCACAUACUUAGGAGCAAUUUCGCUACCUACGUGGAGUUACUACGAAGGAUCAGAAUGAUAUUGUUAUCUAAAAAAGUAAUUUUCUGUUUAGAUUCAAUUCUCCGAUGAACAUCGUGAGACGAUACACAAUAGGCAUUUGCGAAGCAAUUUUUCAUUUCUCGAUACCUUUGAAUUUAGGAGGCACAUUCUGCAUGUGUCAGUUGGUGGAGGAAGUUUGAGCAAUUUUUAAGGCAUUGAGCGAAAUGAAAUGGGAAUGAGAUACGUCAUAUGAAAGAAAUGCAGAAGCAUUUUCAGAUAUCACAAAUAUGGCAUCAAGGAAUUAUGAAUUUUUUAAUGUGACAAUUCUUCAUAAAGUACUUGGUAGGUAUUUUUCAUACUGAUAUGCAUUGCACAGGUUACUCCAUGGCAAAUAUCCCAGUCAGAGUAAGCUGGCCAAUCAAGACUCUCAACGCUACAACGUGCAUGUAUUUAACCACAAGUCAUGGUGACCUUCCCUUCUUGCAUAAUCUUCGUCAUUAGUUCAUCCUUCAGUGCAACCAUCUGGAAAAUUGUACCUGGGGUAAGAAAGCUAAGAAGCUUCCGCAUCUUCAACUUCAGGCACGU